AUGUCAGGCACCUACUCUGGCAUUCUGCCCAUCACUUCUGGCGUCUUUACGUCCAAUCAGCGAGUCGCCGAUGUCGAUCUCACCACCCAUGGCAGUGAUUUCCUUUGGGCUGUCUUCGCCAUCAUGUUCGUCUCCGGACUCGGCUUGACGGCAUGGACUUUCACCAUCAGCAGCUCGAAGCGCGCAUUCCACUUUAUGGGCAUCGCGAUCCUCUUCACCGCGUCGACGGCCUACUUCUCCAUGGCAGCCGAUCUGGGUGCGACGCCUAUCGCUGUCGAGUUCAGAGCGAACGAUCAGACACUGUACGGCGGUACUGCCAAUCCGGUCACGCGAAGUAUCUGGUAUGUCCGAUACAUCGACUGGGUCAUCACCACGCCUCUCUUGCUCUUGACGCUCUUGCUCGCCACCGGACUGCCGCUCUCGAGCAUCUUCUUCACCAUCUUCAUGGACGAACUGAUGAUUGUCACCGGUCUCGUGGGCGCACUCGUCGCUUCGCAAUACAAGUGGGGCUACUUCACAUUUGGCUGCGUGGCGAUGCUCUACGUCUUCUGGACUCUCGUCGGACCUGCGCGAUCUGCCGCACGCGCCGUCUCGACUGAGAACCAUUCUGCCUACGUCAAGGGAGCACUCACGCUCUCCUUCUUGUGGCUUCUGUAUCCCAUCGCAUGGGGACUUGCAGACGGCGCCAAUGUCAUCUCGACCGAUUCCGAGAUGGUAUUCUACGGCAUUCUGGACGUUCUUGCCAAGCCAGGCUUCAUCUUCCUACAUCUCUUCUCGCUUAAGAGCAUCCCGUACGAGUCCUUCGAGCUCAGCUCAGGCCACUUCUCGACGGGUUCACACUUCCAUACCGAGAAGCAUCACAACGGCAUCUCCGAGAAGAGCGGCAAUGGCGUGAACGGCACUUCGAAUGGCAAUGGCAACUCUGCCGUGCCUCAUGUCGCACAGACUGGCCCAGAGACCACUCAUGCUGCCGGCACGAACCACCUCGGAUCUACUACUGCCGCGCCAUCGACCGGCGCGCCAGCGAGUCAUUUCGAUACGCCCGCUACCACCACCACCACGGCAUAA